AUGGAUCAUUAUCUGACGACGUACAGAAAGGACUACCUAUGGCCCAAUUUGCCGGGGACUGAGUCCCAAUCGGGAGGCCAGGGGGGCCCUGUGAUCGGGGGAGGAGGUGGCAGAGGGGCUGUUACAGAAGCGCCCAAGCUAUCGGGACAGGAGCUGGCGUUCUACCAGGCAUGCAUGCAGCACACGAGACCACCAGACUGCCGGUGUCCGCAGUACUCCGGGGAGCACGUGCAGAUGCCGCCCGGGAAAGAGGGCGGGUGGAGUCGGAAUGAGCUCAUGGGACCACUACUGGAUCCGAAACUCUAUCCAGUGAGAGUAGGCGCGGCUCCUGAGACUUCCACCUCCAGAUAUGACCAGCCUAAUGCUUUUCUGGACAAGCUGCAAUCAAAGUACCCAAUGCUGUACAGCAUCCUUCAGAACGAAGCGUCUCCGGAACUCAAGCAGAGGAUCGACAGGGAUCGCAACAAAACCACAUACCAAGUGGAUUAUUGCGAAUCUGGUCCAGGAGCAAAGUUCGAAGGUCUCCAACGCGCCCAGGACGAAAGCGGCACGGGUCCGUGCGCCCAGCCGAUGCGGCUGCCGGGAGACCCCUGCAGGGUGGGGCCCAAGCCGCGGUUCUUCACCCCCAAAACCAUAUCCAAGGGUGGCUCGGGGGCUGCGCAGGAACCCAGGGCCAAAUGCGAAACCACAUCGGCGGUGCCUCCGCUGGGCAAGACGGAGUACCAGGACGGCGUGUCCAAGCUGGGCGCCAUCAUCAUGCGGGACAAGCUGCACCGGAGACCCUGACGUACCUACUUUACUUUUUUG